AAGGAGAACCUAGUGCAAUAACACAACAACAAUCACCCAAGGACACACUAUUCAUAGAAGCAAAAGUAGCUGGAAGAAAAACAAAUGCAAUGAUCGAUACAGGCACAAUGAGGAACACUGUAUCGAAAAGCUUCCUAGAUGAAAUUGGAUUGGAAAUUGAUGGAUCGCCCGAUAGAACCCUGAUUGGAAUAAGCGGAAAAAUCACAACACUAUUAGGAGUCAUCCAUUAA